UCAAACUUCAGCUCAUGUGGAGAUGAGGAAGUUCGGCCUGGGCAAUGGGCUGCUGCAGAUGUCCAGAGCUGCCCACCCGAACAUCACGGCUGUGGUGGGACCUCCAGUGGCUUCCAGGGCCACUGUCCCUCUGCUGCUCUUCCUCGCACUGCUUUUCAUUUUCAUCAAGCUCUCUCAAAAGAAGCCGACUUUGCCAGGUCCUUCUUUCUGUCUGGGCAUCGGACCUCUCGUCUCUUAUGGCAGAUUCUUGUGGAUGGGAAUUGGCAGUGCGUGCAAUUAUUACAAUGCAAAGUACGGCGAGAUAGUGAGAGUAUGGAUCCAUGGUGAGGAAACACUUAUUAUUAGCAGAUCCUCUGCUGUGAACCAUGUGAUGAAGAAAGGUCACUAUAUCGCCAGGUUUGGCAACAAACAUGCCCUUCAGUGCAUUGGCAUGAAUGAAAAUGGCAUCAUUUUCAACAAUAACCCUUCCAUCUGGAAACAAACACGUCCAUAUUUUGCCAAAGCCCUGACUGGCCCUGGUCUUCAGAAGACGCUUGCUGCCAGUGUGGUGUCUACCCUUAGCCACCUGGAGAAGCUGCUCGGAGGGAACCAGACUACUACCUGUGUGGACAUUCUGCUGUUCCUCAGAGCCAUAACCCUGGACAUCUCCAACAGGCUAUUCCUUCGCGUACCUCUGCACGAGGGAGAAAUUGUGGCCAAAAUCCAGAAGUACUUUGACACAUGGCAGACGCUCCUGCUGAAACCUGACAUUUUCUUCAAGUUCAAGUGGUUGUACAAGAAGUAUGAGGAGGCAGCGCAGGAAUUGCAGGAUGCAGUGGAAGGUUUGCUGCUGAAGAAACAGCAGGAGCUGAGAGAAGCUGAGAAACUGCAGGACAUCUCUGACUUUGCCACCGACCUGAUCUUUGCACAAACACAUGGGGAGCUGACCGCUGACAAUGUCAGGCAGAGCAUGUUGGAGAUUCUGAUCGCGGGGCCCGACACCAUGUCUGUCACCAUCUACUUCAUGCUGAUGCUGAUUGCACAGCACCCAGAGGUGGAGAAGGAUAUAAUGGAAGAGAUCCACACAGUGAUCGGGGAACGGGAGGUCCAGAACAGUGACCUGCAGCAGCUGAAGACGCUGGGGAACUUCAUCAACGAGAGCAUGAGGUAUCAGCCCGUGGUGGACAUUACCAUGCGCAAGGCGCUGAAAGAUGACGUGAUCGAUGGCUUCCUGGUGAAGAAAGGUACCAACAUCAUCCUUAACCUGGGCCGCAUGCACAAAGACCAAUUCUUUCUCAAGCCGAACGAGUUCAGCCUGGAAAACUUUGCCCAAAACGUGCCACACCGUUACUUUCAGCCAUUUGGCUGCGGCCCACGCUCCUGUGUGGGGAAAUACGUCGCCAUGGUGAUGAUGAAAGGUAUCUUGGUGACAAUGUUGAAGCACUAUACUGUGCACGCACACAAUGGGAAAGCCCCGCAUAACAUCAAGCACAACAACGAUCUGUCCUUCCAACCUAAUGAGGCACAUGGACCUCUCCAGAUGGUGUUCACCCUGAGGAAACGCACAGAGGCCUAGGAGAGAGUCCCAGGGCAAGUGGAACAAACACAUGUGUGACUUAGAACGAACUGGGGAAAACCACCCAAUUGAAACUCUGUCACCUUCUCACAACAUAGACUCCAAACCAUGAGUAGCAACGU